UACCGACAACGAUGAAACAUACGGCGGCGCUUGAGUGGCUUACUAUUCGGCUUUAGUUGGACUCGUUGGUUGGUUCUUCUUCGCAUUUCGUUCAUUUCCUGAUCGCGUCGCGUACACCUUCGACGCGCUUACCUCGCCAAUCCAUCGACCACCACUCCAAGCACAGGGGCGACAAUUGGUCGUACGUACCCACGAAUUUUAAACUUUUAAUGAAGCGUUUUUUGUGUGAUUUUCGAAAUUUCGCAUUGACAUUCCAUAAGCGCUUUCGGUGUCUGCAGCGCCUGCAAGCCGUCGCGUUUAAGUAAAAAGAAUAAUAUUAAUUAAUUGCAACAACAAUUCGCAUAAUUUGCAUGAAUGCCUGCGAAAGUAAAGAAAGUGAGUUAUCUGAUUGCUGAAGGGGGAAAGAAAUCUUAAGGAAAUAUUUACCCAAAGCAAAUGCAAUGAAUUGUGCAAAGUGACAAAGUAAACGCAGGAAGUUGGAUGCGAAUUUGUGUGGCGCUGUGCUUUUGCGUGGGCGAGCUUGAGCAGGCAGACUCCGAGCCGUCGCUAAACGGCCGCCAAGAGAAAAGCAAAUAUUUGCGGACCAAAAUAAAAUACUUCGGCGCGUCUAAGUUGUUUUUAUGGAAAAUUAUUGAAAUUGAAAUACAGUAAUUAUGUUGACAGCAACAAAGCAACAAAGCGAGGCACGAAUUAUCGAAAAUCCGACGCGCUAAACAGUAAUAAUUUCUUGUAAAUAAUUGUUUUCCCCACAGCAAAUGUGCCUUAAUAGUGCUUUCUGACCGACUAACGUAUAUACAUAUGUAUGUGUGUAUUAAAUUUUUGACAUAACAGCGUUAAGUGCUCUGAAAAACGCUAAGAUUUUUAAAAUAAACAGAAUUAUUUCUAAGUGAUCAAGUGCCUUUCGCGUAUGCCUUUUUUCAAAAAAAAUUAUUUUAUAAAAGUAAAAUUAAACGCAGUGGCAACUUUGGUGUUUCUAGAAUUGAAAUAUUAAAUAAAAAUAUAAAAAAUAAAAUAAAGAAAUAUAAAAUAGAAUAAAUUUUACUGAUAAAUUUGUCAAAGUGGCAGCUUGCUGCUGCGACGCUCAAAAGCAAAAGUAACGGAGUUUAUACAAAAGUGUUUUAAAUGCAUACGGAUAUCAUAAUUGGCGAUCAGUUUGUGCCAUCAACAAAUUAUUGGGUAAUGCAGUCCCCCGAAUUUGACUAUCGGCAUGAGCUGAUGGGUCGCUUGCACAAAAUCGAGCCAGAUGUUGAACUUGAAGUAUUAUCCGCGGCGCCGCAUCAUCAUCAUCACCAUCAUCUGCACCAUCAUCAGCAUCAUCACCAGCAUCUGCAUCAGCAUCAGCAUCAGGUGUAUUCACCGCAAAGCAAUCACAGCGGCAGCAAUACUCUUGAUCACUGGCAACAACAACAAUUACAACAACACAAUAGCAGUAGUAGUAGCAGCAAUCAUGAGCAUACCGCCUAUGUGCAACAUUCAUCGGCAUCGGCCACAGUGGUGGUGUCAGCGUCAACCACAGUGGCCGCUCUGCCACAGCCAGCAGCCGCAUCCGCAACGGGCGCCGUACAAACUGCCACCUCAUCAGCAUCUGCCAGUGAUAUACCCGCCGACACUUCGACCUCACCGAACACAUAUGCGGCGUAUGAUAACAGCGCCGCGGUGGCGUAUGAAAUAGCGAGCGCCUAUGGUGCAACCAGCGCGGCGGCGUCAGCGGUGACGGUAGCCGAUAAGGAAUAUUUAUUCGAUACCAAAAAUAAAGAGGCUCUCUGCAACCCCUACCCUGACCUCGAUGAUCCCUACCAGCGUCCGGCGCUGUGGGAGGACAUUGCCAGCUCAAUACAAAAUAUCGACCCCGAGAACGCGCUCAUGCUAGGCAACAACAGCUCAAGUUCAACGGCGGCAGCGGUGACUGGCAGCAGCACAUCGCAUUUGGCGCUCAUUGGCAGCGGCACGAGCAUAGAGGGUGGCAACACCUUGUUGCCGCAGGUGAAAAUGGAGGCGAUCGAUGAUACGCUGUUGGAGACACUGUCCACACCAUUGCUCAGUCCCAUGGAGAUCAAGACGGAGAAACCGACGCUACAACAACACACACACCUGCACGCACAACAGCAGCAACACUACGCGCAUUAUCAACUGCCACCACAGCAUCAACCAUCACACCAUAUACAUCACUCGCAGCAGCAACAACAACAACAGCACCUCUACCAACAUCAUCCCAGUUUAGGUGGCACGGAUCUGGCUGCCACAAACGGUGACGAUACUAUGACGCUCAUGCAGCUGCAUCAGCACCACCAACAGCACCAGCACCAGCAUCAACAGCAGCAGCAGCAACACCAGCACCAGCAUCAGCAACCACAACAUAUCAGCGCCUCAUUGAAUAACAGUAAUAGCAAUAGUCCUAAUCAACCAAAUCGUUGCAGCAGCACCGCCAGCAGCCACAAUGCCGAGCUGAGCAGCAGCAAUGCGAGCGCAGGUGGCGGCAGCGGCGGCAACAGCAGCGCCUUGAAUGGCAGUGAUAAUAAUAGUAGCAAUAUUUCCUAUCAACAAUAUGCAUCUCAACCACAUUUAAGUAGCAAUAGCAAUUAUCUCAAUGGCAACGGUGGCGUCAAUGGUGGCGGUGUUGGCGGUUGUCAAAGCGCGCUCGUGGCCUCCUCGUCGGCGAAUGUGACGAUCAGCACGUCCGUAACGCUGACCAACCUAACGGCCGCCUCAGCGCUGGACGGCAACGCGAGCAAUAAUAACAAUAAUAAUGCAACAAUGAACAACAACUUGAAUGCGAGCUACGGCUACAGUUGGCACAACAAUCAGUCGUACCACCCCAAAUACCAAGUACCGCCACCACCGCUAACGAACUCAACGCUGCACCAGCAAUCACAGCUAUCCCAGCAACAACAACAUCACCAGCCAACACAAUCAAAUCCGCAACUUUGCCCACCUGCUGCACCGACCGGCGGCAAUUCAAUGUCAACGCGACACAUUUUUGUGCCGCCAUUAACGCCACCUAGCUCAGAUCCCGGAAGUCCGGGUAGUUCAAUGGUAGCGGCAGCAGCAGCGGCAGCAGCGGCGGCGGCGGCGGCAGCAGCUGCGACAAAUGGUGGCAAUGCACAACAACAACAGCAGUCAGCGCGACGCACGACACCACCGCCUCCUUACCAACAGCAGCAGCAACAACUGCUACAACAACAACAACAACACCUCCACCAUCAACAGGGUCGUCCACUUUCAAGUAUUUGCCCGAACAUUUUAACGCUACACCCGAGCACAAAUGGCACAACGUCAGCAAUGACACCACUACACUCCACCAACUCCUCCUCGAGCGGCGGUGCCAUGCACCACCUGAGCCCAGGGCGCUCGUUGACCACACUUGGUGUGAACGGUGCUGGCAUCGAUAUCGGCAGUGGACUGCAUGGCAUCGGUGGCAGUGGUGGCGCUGUUGGUGUUGGUGGCAUGGGUGGUAGCCGUGGUCGGGGGCGUGCCGGUGGCGCAGGCGGGCCGGCGCACUUGGCGAACUUGAUUGUGCCGACGAUUCGCACGAUACGCUACAAUCGGCGCAACAACCCGGAGCUGGAGAAGCGGCGCAUACACCAUUGUGAUUUUGAGGGCUGUACCAAGGUUUAUACGAAGAGCUCACACCUGAAGGCGCACCAGCGUAUACAUACCGGCGAGAAGCCCUACACCUGCCAAUGGCCUGAGUGUGAAUGGCGUUUUGCGCGCUCCGACGAACUGACGCGUCACUAUCGCAAGCACACCGGCGCCAAGCCAUUCAAAUGCGUUGUCUGCGAGCGCAGCUUCGCGCGUUCCGAUCAUCUGGCACUGCACAUGAAGCGGCAUUUGCCCAAAAAUAAGUAGAAGCACGUGUGAGUGUACAGGGAAGAGAGAACUUAGCACAGCAAGCGGCAGCGAUCAGACAAAAGCGCAAAUUAUAAAAAAUACAUAUAAAUGAAAUAAGCGCUUCGCAGCAAGCAACUAUUAGCGUGUAAGUUAUGGAGGAAACAUAAGCGAGCUUGCUGAGAGUUAAACAGGAAUGUGGGCGAACACAAAACAAAUCCAAAGGACUUUAGUUAAUAUGAUUAUUGCAGCAAAUUGCAAAAAAUUAAAUUAAAAAUAAAAUAAAAUAAAUAAAUUUAACAAAAUAUUUAAUUGAAUUGACAAAUUCAAACAACUUAAACCAACACCGCCGCCAAUGCCUCAAUUGAACCUUAAUUAUUAAAAAAAUAAAAAAAAAUUCAUUUAAAACAAAUAAAUACAUACAAACAAGUUCUAAGCAAACGCAAGCCUUAUAAGUUUUAAGUUGUUAAUAAGGAGUGCAUAGAGAAUCGAGUAAUUGUGUUAGACAUAUGGAAGCAGAGUAUUUGCAUACAUUACAUUUAUAUAUAUAUACGUGUAGGUAUGUACGUAAGUAAAAAAUGGAAAAGAAAACAUUUUUUAAAUUUAUUUAGUAAAAUUCAAAGUGUUAGGCAUGUAAGUAUGUCUGUGUACCUACUGAACCAGUGAGUAAUUGUUAUUUGUUUUUGUACGAGUUUUUAGGUUAUGCAGUUCCCCCGCAACGUGUAUUACUUUUGCCAUAAUAUAAAGCAUACUUUCAUUUAAAAUGCAUACGAGUACUUUACCUUUGGUUUCCUUAAUCUAGUUUUUAAUCAGCACUUGUGCGUUAGUUACUAAAGAAAUGGGAGAUCUGUGAACUAGUUCCGAGAAAUUAGCGAGCACAAAAGUCCUUAAAGUAUCCUUAAAAAUACAUUAAACUUCACUGUAUUUAACAAAACGAAACUUAAGUUAGACAAAAGUACUAAGCUUUGCUAAUAAAUAGUUUCAGCAACUAAAAGAUAACUUCAAAGGUGGUCACUAACACUAAAGUGAACACUUUAUAUGUGACCAUCUGCUCCAAAAUGCUAUCAACUAAGCUGAAAUACUGAAAUACUUGUGUAUACGUUCCAUUACUUAGAUUAUAACGGUGAACAUGAAAAGUAUUUAAGUCUACAAUACUUAUGUCUGUACUUAAAACCAUAAAUUUAAAUUUAAUAUAUAAAUAAUUUGUAAAGAACGUGCGUUGUACGAGUAAUCCUUCUCUAGCUGUAAAUUACGACAAUUAAUGAUAAUGUAAAGCAUUCACUUAUGUAAAUCAUUGUUCAUGACAAGUAAUGUACAAGCAUAUUUGCAUAUGUCUUACAAAAGUAUGAACCGCAAAGUAUUGUAAGCGCUUGCGAACACCAAAAGCAUAUGUAAAUAUGUAUGUGCUGUUCAUAUAUAAAUGAGCACGUAUAUAUGCUGAAACGCCAUCAACGCCUGCAGCGCCAUCUGCAUAACAUUAUAAGCCAUGGCUUAGGGUCUAUAUGUAAGAGAAGCUAAUAUUCAAUACAUAUGUACGUAGGCUUUAAGUACUAAUUGUAGUUGCGCAAACAAUACUUUAAGCUGGUUGGUGCGCAAUUCAAGCGCCGCAAAUUAGUAAGAAUAAACCACCAAAGUGCUGGCACAAACAUUUUUCGAAAAUAAUAAAAUAAA